AUAUUUAAGUAUUCAAAAACAAGUUGAGACUUUGGAAUCAGAGUCGAACGAUAUAUGGGCCUUACCAAAGUACAAGACUGAGAGGUGUCACUUGCAGGCUUGCAGCACACAAUGGAGGAUGGCCAUGAAGGGUCUCUGCAGUCUUGUGUAUUAUGUAAGGACAAUCGCACCAAUACAUCAUUGAAGGAAUUGCAAUGUAGGCACCGUUGCUGUAUUACUUGUAUUCAGAAACUUGUAGUGGAAAGUGAACUGAGUGGUGGAUCAUUCAACUGCCCAGAGUGCAAACAUGAAUGUCACGUGCCACUGGAGUGGGAGGUUGAAGAGCUGCAGUAUGAACCUGUUACCAUACGAAACGUGGAUGAUGUAGUCAGUAAGCUGCUUAAGGAAAGGGCAAAAAAGGCUGAAGAAGGCGCAAAGAGGGCUGAGGAAGAUGCAAAGAGGGCGGAGGAAGAUGCAAAAAGAGCUGAAGAAGAUUUUUCUGAGGAAGCAGCCACAAUCAAUCAAAUACGAAAAGAUCUCAAAUCUCUGAAGCCUGAAUAUUCAGAUUUCGAUACAAAACUUAAAUACCUCCGUAAACAAGAACAACAAAUAACAAAUGACUUAAAAGAAAUCCCAACUAUCAAUAAGAAUAAGAUCAAAGGUAGCAUUUCCGAGGUUGAAUGGAGGGCCAACAGGAAGAAGCAUGUAGAGCUGCUACUCAAACUUGGCAAUAUUAUUAGGGAUAUUGGUAAAAUUGAUAAAGAACCGAUGCAGUUUGUUAAAGCCAUAGCAGUUUACGAAUGUGGAAUAGUGCAGUGUAGUGAUGAGUUGGAAGAUGAAGUAACUAUGUAUAACACUGCAAAAAGGCAGGCACUGAACUUAUUCUUUCAACACUGUAUUGGGAAAAAAGCCCCUGAAAGCUAUUUUCAAGAUGAAAAGAGCAAUAAAACAAAACUUGAUACUAUCAGGAGAGACUUGAAAGUCAAAAUCCAAGAACUGGAUGAAAACAGAGAUUGUGAUUGUUAUGAGGAAAAGCUUGGGAAUGAUGAAAGAAUAGUGCAAGAGAAAAAAAGAAUAAAACAAAUUGGAGACAUUUUUAAAUGGAUCCAUAGCGAGAUUAAAGAAUUCAUGUCAGACUUAGUAAAACAAUGUCAAGAUUUACUAGACUUCCAUCCCAUUGACUUUGCUCUCAUAGCAUUUGGGUCAUUUUCAAGGAAGGAAACAACUCCAUUCUCAGAUGUUGAGUUUGCUGCAGUACAAGAUUCUAGUCAAAGUGAAAUGGAACCUGAAUAUAGGGAAUACUUGGAGAAAAUGAUCAUGAUUCUUCAUCUCAAACUAAUAUCAUUUGGGGAAACAGUCCUUCCAGCAAUGGCCAUUUCUUCAUUAAAUGACAACACUGAUCCAAGUGAUAAAACAAAGGACUGGUACUUAGACUUACGUUCUUACGUCACUGUAAAGCAGGGAAUCUCAUUUGAUGGAUUAAUGCAAGGUGCAAAUAAAACACCAUACUUUGUUUAUCCCCAUAACAACAAGUUUCGCUUGAUAAAUACAAAGACAGCAUUUUUUGAAAUGUACCCCAAGAUGAACAAAAAAGAAUUGAAAGCGUUGUUAUAUUUCUUCAAGGGAGAUUUUACAACUCUUUUUGGAAAUGAAUCUUUGGGUGCUGAAAUGAAAGAGCAUUUUAAAGCCGACCCUACACAAUGGAAAGUCAUAUCUGAUUUAAUUGAAAAAGAGUUGGAAGAAGAUCUUGUGAAGUACUCCUGUGUCAAAAAGAUGUAUAAUGGGAAAUAUGAGAGACACAUGAUAGAAAAGGACUCUUUCCACAUCAAAAAGGAGCUAUAUCGCCUGCCAAGUGUGGUAAUCAACAACCUACUUCACUUACUAAAGAGUGAUGCAAAUUGCAUAUGGGAUGUUGAGAGCCUAAAGAGACUGACAAGUGAAGGUGUACACCAUUUGAAGAUGGUACUAUCAACAGCAGCAGAGCUGAGACUCAGGGGUUAUGUUCAAAUCAAUGGGCAAGUUGAUGAGGAAAAGGGCCAACUUUUGCCAAAGUUAUUUGUUGGGAAGAAUAUAGCUGAUGCUGCCGCUGCAAAAAUCACUGAAAAGGCCAUUUUGAGAUACUUUACAACUGUGAUUCCUUUAGCUCAUGCUAUAGAGAAGGAAAGACCGAAAGGAAAUGCUCUUGAAUCCCUUGUCGAAAUAUCUCUUUACAAUCCUUCCAAUCUGAACCAUGCAAUUGCCUAUAUAUUGAUGCAGAAACUUGAUCAAGCCAAGAAAUGGGUGAAGGCUGCAAAUGAUGAGUACAAAUACACUAAUACAACAGAGCUAAUAAUGCAGAUUCUGUGCAAUGUGUAUAUAAAGGACACAGAUAUAAGCAAACAGUUUCUGGACAGUCUGAAAACAGGAGUGCUUCAAGAUAAAGACAUUGAUGCACUGAAUACUUAUGGAAAUGCAUGUUUGCAACAAGGAGAAAUUGAGGAUGCAACAGAGGCACUAGAGGAAAGUGUACAUGAAGCAAAAGAUGCUAGAAAAAUAACAUCACUGACCCUGUUAGCAACAGCCUAUAGUGAGAGGGAUGAUCCCACAAAAUAUGAAACUUUCCUUAAAGAGCAUCCAGAAAUCAAGGAAAUAGAAGAUCUGAGGUCUGCACUUGAUGAAAAAAAGGCACUAUUGGAAGAAGAAAUUGGAAAGGGCCAGAAACAGUCUGUACUCAUUAAUACACUGGAGGAAAAGCUCGCAGAAUGCAGAAAUCGCAGAACGCAGAAUGCAGAAAAAGAGUGUGACAGGUUAACUAGAAAAGUUGCAGAACUUGAGAAUGAUCUAGCUGAAGAAAAGAAAUCCCAUAAUAUUGUUACAGAAGAAGCUGAAAAUGAGGCAAGGCAGUACAAAUCAAGAAUAAAAUCCAUAGGGGAACAGUUAUCAAAAUCACAAAACAACUUCAAAAAAGAGAAGAAACAAAACCAAUCUAUCAAGAAUGAACUGGUACAGUCUAAAAAAGACAUGGAGGAAAUGACAAUGAAAUACAAAACAGAGG